UCCUCCAUUACUGAAUUAGUAUGUUCUGAGAAAAACUAUACAAAAAUGCAGCGCUGGAAAUUCUUGUUUGCUUGCCUCUUCAUCCCGAUUGCAUAUGUUGUUGCUGGUGUUCUUACAAUCAUAGCAGAUAAACCUCUACAUGAGGAUGGGCAUAAUUGCCCACCUGAUUCGCCAGGAAAGGCAUAUAAGCUAGGAACUGCUUCUCUUUGUCUCAUGGGAGCAGCUCUCGCAAUAACCAAUGGUAUGUUUAAGUGCCCUCGAAUUCGUUCAAAAUCUGACUCUGCAAGGCCAUCAACAUCCAUGAAGGUGGCUUGGAUCACCUUUCUUCUAUUCUGGGGUAUCACUCUCACUGCAGCAAUAUUGAUCGGUGCAGCAAUUUCCACAGAUUACCCAAAGUCAAAAAUCUGUUCAGUCACGGAUCUACAUCUCCCAAGCAUCGGUGGAGCUCUCUGCUUCACUGAUGCUGUGGUUUCUACAAUUUAUGUCAUUUCCUCUAGUAUGUUAAAUACUGAAGAAUAAUACUUUAAUGAAGCGCAAUGAUGCCCAUCUUUGGCAUGAGAGUAUAAAUAAAAUACGUUAUUCCUCCAUAUUACCUGCUUUAGUUAAUGAAACAAAUUAUAUCUUUUAUGCUUUUGAUAAGAAAACAUUUUAAGGUUUGAACGCUUGCUUGUUCUUCCUGAUUAAGUAUCUAAGCUAAACAAGAAGCAAGGUAUGUCUAAAUGAAGACAUUUGCAGUAUAUUAAUACGUAAAACCUUGUAACUUCAAAAUACUAACAUGAAUGUCUCCUCUUUCACUCUUUGUGCUUUUCCUUUGUUAUAUAGAGAGAUCACCUCCUCUUCCCCUGUUCAAGAAUGGCAUCCUGGCUCAAACUCUCUCUGGUAUGCCUCUCAAUUGUGACGUUAGACGUCGGUGCUGGUAUCCUUGCCAUUAAAGCUGAGAAAGCUCAAAGCCAGGAAGCGAAUCCCUGUGAAGCAAAAUCAAAGACACUGGCUUACAAACUAGGCUUGGGUGCGGCUAUCCUAAUGCUAGUGGCUUUCAUCAUCACUGACACAUUCACCAACCGCCAUCGGUUUAGGCAACAGUCAGAACCUGCAAGGAAACCUGCAAGCAUGAGAGUAGCUUCAGUCACCUAUGUUCUUGCAUGGGCCAUAUUUAUCCUCGGAAUAGCUUUAAUGGGCGCAGCAGCAUCAACAGGUGAUCCAAAAAGGCGUCUUCCCUGCUCAUUCUCAAAGCAUCACUUGCUAGCUAUAGGUGGAGUUUUGUGCUUCAUUGAAGCAGUGGUUUGUGUAACAUAUCAUCUUGCUGCAAACACUGGAGAUAAAAAUUCUUAGAAUGAAACAAAAUUAUGUCUGUCUUUGGAAUUUGCUCAUCCAAUUGUGAUAAAUUAAAUUAAAUCAUAAAGCAGUCAAAAGUGAAAAUAUGACUAGUUU